CGGCCCGACGACGCAACGGCCGCGUCACCCGCAAAACCAAACCAAACCAUUCCGCCCGAAAAAUUCCCCAAUCCCCCCUCCUGCCGCAAACCCUAACCCUAGCCAAUCCCGUGCCCAUGGACGACGACGCCGGCGACGCCUCGCCGCCGCCGGGCCCUCCCCCCGCCGCCUCCGCCCCUUCGUCGCGCGACAUGGCGGCGUCCCCGACGAGCUCGCGCUCCGUGACGGAGACGGUGAACGGCUCCCACCGGUUCGUGAUCCAGGGCUACUCCCUCGCCAAGGGGAUGGGCGUCGGGAAGCACAUCGCCAGCGAGACCUUCACCGUAGGCGGGUACCAGUGGGCGAUCUACUUCUACCCCGACGGGAAGAACCCCGAGGACAACUCCGCCUACGUCUCCGUCUUCAUCGCGCUCGCCUCCGAGGGCACCGACGUCCGCGCCCUCUUCGAGCUCACGCUCCAGGACCAGAGCGGCAAGGGCAAGCACAAGGUUCACUCCCACUUCGACCGCUCCCUCGAGUCCGGGCCCUACACCCUCAAGUACCGCGGCUCCAUGUGGGGUUACAAAAGGUUCUUUCGACGAACUGCUCUUGAGACGUCGGAUUUUCUUAAAGAUGAUUGCUUGAAGAUAAAUUGCACUGUGGGUGUUGUGGUGUCAACUAUUGAUUACUCUAGACCACACUCCAUUCAGGUUCCGGACUCUGACAUCGGCUACGAUUUCGGUUUGCUUUUGGACAGUAAUGAAGGAAUUGAUAUUAUUCUCAAUGUGAGGGGUGAGAAGUUUCAUGCCCAUCAAUUGGUGUUGGCUGCACGGUCUUCUGUAUUUAGAUCUAGACUUUUUGAUGAUGAAUCGGCUGGAGAUAAGGACAAGAUUGAUGAGAAUGAUGAUCUGAAAGUGGUUGUUAUUGAUGACAUGGAGCCAAAGGUUUUCAAGGCCAUGCUUCAUUUCAUCUACAGAGAUACGCUUGUUGAUGAUUAUGAGCUGGAUGCAUCAAGCUCCGAGGGCUCUAUUUUUGAUACUUUGGCAGCAAAGUUGUUGGCUGCGGCAGACAAGUAUGACUUGGAAAGGCUAAAAUUGCUAUGUGAAUCUUACUUGUGCAAAGGAAUUUCUGUGGCCUCGGUUGCGAGUACUCUUGCAUUGGCUGAUGAUCACCAUGCUAUGGAGCUUAAGGCCGUUUGCCUAAAAUUUGCUGCAGAAAACCUUUCAGAUACCCUUAUGUCUCUGCAGCUGUGAUCCGGACCAGCGGGUUCGAUUACCUCAAAGACAACUGCCCAGCACUUCAGUCCGAGAUACUGAGAACUGUUGCAGGGUGUGAGGAGCCAUGCAUUAGUGGGGGGAAGAGCCAGAGCGUCUGGGGGCAGCUCUCAGAUGGUGGCGAUACAAGUGGCCGGAGGGUUCGGCCAAGAAUCUAAAAGCAACCCAGAACUCUGACCUGAUUAGGACCCCUUGUGUAAAUGGUGACAUCGAUUUGUUCUGUAUGUUCCAAAGAAGAUUCUACUAGCUGUAUCUCAUCUCAUCUUCUGACCUUUUUUACACUUUAAUUCAUAUGUUGUUCAUAGUUAAUGCAUUAUUUGAUCUUGGAUCUUUCGCUGGAUCAUUGCUGCGUUGGUACCUGCACUUAAGGAAGAAAUGGAGGUGCUGUUUUUGCAACU